AUGCAUAUGGCUUGUUUUUCCUGCGUUUCAGCUAUCAACUGGCUGCUACUACAUAACCACUCCCACCGGCGCCGAUCGUCCCAUCGUUUUGAACAGAUGUCUUCUGAUCUGACCAUCUCAUCACUGUCUAGCACCGCCUGCAAUCUUGCUGCUGUGCAAGCCGCUUGGACAACGGUUUGGCGCGGUGGCGAAUUUCCUAAUCCAGCUGGUGUCAGCUUGCGCUUGGACACCCGAACUCAGCCUGCCCAUCGCUGGCGUUUGGUACUCGCCGAUCUCUGGAGUUGUGUAUUACUGCGCCGUCCUGUAUUAUCUAUUUCUUCUCUCGCCGAGUCUGGGAUUUCUACUCUAGCACCGAUUCCUUCUCCAUCAUUUUCUCGUACUUUACCUUCUUCAUUUAUUCCUUCUUCCUCUUCUACUUCUAGUUCCUCUUCUGCUUCCAACUCUUCCUAUAGCUCACUUCCACUCUCCACCACUUCCACUCUCGCAUCUUCAUUUGCUUCAACUCAAUGUCGCAGUCCCAUGGCCUACUCUGUUAGUGUGCGUUCUGAAGCUCACUCGCAACCAACGCAAGCACCACAUCAAAGUGAUGUUCCAUUCUCAGGGUCUUCUGUUCUGUCUGGACGACACAGCUUGGAUAUAGAACUAGAAGGCGAUGAGCCAUUUUUGUUGCCAGAUGACUUUAUCUGGAUUGCGCAGGUAUCUAACAUUUGUUAA